ACCUCUCCGUCUCCCUUUUCAAUUAAAAUGAUAAAACUAAAAAUCCAUCUCAAGGAAAUCCCUGGGACUCAUGGGGCUGCAAGGUUUUCUGGCUCCUUGUACGACGGCCGACGGGAGUGACCAUCGGUGGUUGCGGUGGCAAGCUUCGAUGCGUCGUGCAAGGGCACUCGUCGGUGCUGUGUCUGCGUCGAUCAGUGGUAUGCCGAGGAGGAACCAUCAUGCCAAGUACUCGAGGAUGUGGGGGGUUCGUUGAACAAGUUUGGGCGGGGAUCAUAGUAUGGUGGGCGAGGAUCAUAGUAUGGUUGGCGGGGAUCGUGGUAUGAGAUCGGGUGGGGAUCAUAUGGGGAUUGAUGGUAGCUCGGAGGGGAUUGACGGUAGCUCGGGCAGGGAUCAUGGUAUGAGCUCGGGAAUUGCUCAUGAUGGUAGGUCAGGCGGGGAUCAUGAUGGGGAUCUUGGGAGUGGCUCGGGCGGGGAUCUUGAUGUGAGCUCGGACCGCCACCGUGUGCCACAACCAAAGGGGUCGUCACUCUCCACGCCUCCAACAGCCUUAUCUCGGGCACAUGAGGUCUUUCCCGAACCUUCUUGCUUUUCUUUCUCUCGUAUGGUGGUGGGGGUGGGGGACAUCAACUUGUACCGGAGGUGGCACCGGUGCGGGCAUGGGUGGGUAACUACGAUGAUCACGACCCUGUGCUCUGAUACAGCCAAGCAGACUGUUUGUCAUCCUCUUGAUGAAGCUCACAUCUUCAUGUCCCAUUUCAUGUUUCGCAUGGGUCAACUCUUUGAUCCGCUCGAUCCCAUUAGCCUAAAUCACAUAAAAAGGUUAGCAAGAUAAGACUAAUGAUGUGACAAAAUGAAACAAGCAAUAAAUUUAAUCUUAUUAGACGAAAUAUACUUAACAAUGCACCAUCGACCGCACCCUCCAGAGUCACGUACCAAACCGAUGUUUGUCGAUAUCUAUCCAUGUAUGGGUCAUGAUACCCCAUUCAACCCACACUUGUUGGAGUGACAAUAUCCUGAAGUUGUCGGUUCUCCCAUACCGCGAUCAUUUCCGCCAACUUCGUGGGCCAAUCGUGAGUACCUUGCCGACCAUCUCAGUGAUGAAACGCCCUUUGACUCUCGGGGACCUCCAACAGAAUGCACUGCUCCCGGCCAAACUGACGAAGGUAUCGAUCCGGCAAGUGCCACUCCACGGUCCCUAAACAAAUGAGAGGGACCCUCGUGCACCAUUGCCCGAUAUUCUCGGGGAACUGUUGUAAAUGCCAAUUAACGAUGUUCGCCGGGUAUGGAUCGAAUUUGAUCUAAAAAAAUAGUAACUUAAGUUAAAUCCGAUUGGAAAAAUACAUGUACUCCAUGAAAAAAAGUUCGGGGAUCUUAGAAGUAAACUAGUUACCUCUCCUUCCCAAAGUCGCUCUAGCCUCCUCCGAUACUCUACCAACUUGUGUUGGGCAAGAUUGUCGCAUGUUGAGGCUCCAACCCACCUAAGAAAAAUUGUGUUAUUAAAAUCAUAAUGGGGUAUGAGAAAUUUACCUACAACCAUAAGCUUCGAGUCUUAGGGGAUGAUCGGGACCCCAAUUCCUGUCGGGACAUUGGAGCGGUGCAAUCCAUGGCAGAUGUUCCCAAGCCCAAAAUUGGACGAUGAACAUUGCGUCGCCGACCUCCCUCACAGCUUUGAGAGAUGCAUUGCACAAAUGGUGGUAGAUAUUAGCUAGGCAAGCGGAAGCCCAACUCAACUCCCCCAUCGCAUCCCAAUCACCAAGGAGGAUCCUAAGCCAUCCACAGUUAAUUAAAUUGCUCGAUUUUUUGGAGAAGAACACUCCUCCUAUCGAUAUCAUGCCUAUGAGAUAGACACGAGCAUAUCUUUCCUUCUCUAGCUCCGGACUUUCCUCGGUUAAGGGUACCCCAUUUCUUUCAGGAUUGUGAAGGUCCCUAAAAUACUUCGUCAACCAAGUGAUUAAUACUUGGCCUUUCCUCAAUGGUGGCAAGCGAUCCGUCACAUCAACGCUCCCCUUGGUUGGUACUUUCACCCCCAAAACACUAUGGAUGAAACACUGCCAACCGGUCAUACCGUCACGAUCCUCGGGGGUUGAUCACUCACACACACCGUUUUGCCGUCGAUGGGCAGAUGAGUUAGGAUGGCGACAUCCUUGAGUGUGAUGGUGCACUCUCCUUUCCGAAAGUUGAAACAAUGUGUCUCCUUUCUCCAUCUCUCCACCAAUGCGGUGAUGAGUUGGCGAUCGACUUUUAUGCCUACAAAAUGCCUAAUCGACUCCAACCGUGCCCUUUUGAGAAAGAGCAAGAUAACUAGGUUCCAUGGGAACACAUUGGUCGUACCCUGUAGCGGAGUAUUUGUUGUGCCUCCUAGCAAAAAUUUCAACGUUAUUUAUGAUAUAUUAGUAACAGUUUAGUCUUAUAACUAAAUUAAUUAAAAUUUUUAAUGAUU